GCAUCACGUGACGUCAAUACACUAUGGCGGACGGACAGAGAUGACAAAGUGACAAAAUGGAUGUGUUCAAGUAGUUAUAAGAGGUUACGGCUUGCCGCUGUAUACAUUUAUAGAUGGAUAGGUUUUGACAAACUGUUAGAGAAGAUAAAAUACCCUUUUGUCUUGAAAGGACUGUUUUUGCUUUGAAUUUAAAUCCGAAUAGUAACAGAGAACAGAGAUACUGAAUUUUUAAAAGUUAAAGUUUGGCAAGGAAUGAACUUUCGGAUUUUACGUUUUUAAAUUGUCGUCGGCAUUUUUGGGAUUAGAUUCGGGUUCUUGAUGAGGCAGUCAGUAAAAUCGAUAGGUCUAAAAUGUAUCCAACUAGAUCUAGAUCUAUAAAGGCAUAUAUCGUAAUGUUGUCUCUGCCUCCAGUGCGACCUCCAGCUUGUUUACUUGACUUAUAAAUACCUGUCCUAUCCUAUGUGAAGGAAUACUGACGGACUUUCAUUGUGCCCCAAAACAUGAAAGAAAUGAUCGGUGCAUGAACAUCAACUGAAAACUUGAACUGGGACCUAAUGCAGUAGCAGACAAAGACAUGGACCAGAAAAUUGUUUUUCGACUGAAUGACAAUGGUAUUGGCCCAGAACUCCUUCAGAAUGUUUUGUUAGAGAGAGGCUGGACUGAAUAUGAUCCAGAGGUCCAUGGAGAGGAUGGCUGGAACAUCUGGUGGAAAACAUCCCGGUUUCGGACGAGUGAAUACACUAACUUGCUGCCCUGGCAAUGGAUUAAUCAUUAUCCUCAUUGCACAUCCAUCACAAAGAAGGACUGUUUGUGUCGCAAUUUGAGGAAAAUGCGCAUUGUUCAUGGCUGCAGUGUAUAUAACUUUAGCCCAGUAGCUUACAACCUUCCGAAUGACUACACCAAAUUUGUGUCGGAGUACGCCAGUUUACGCCAACCGAAGGACAAGCAAAGCGGUCGAAAAAUGUGGAUUUGCAAACCGGCUGAGUCUUCCAGAGGUCGGGGUAUAUUUAUUUUCAAGGAACUCUCAGAGCUGCAGUAUGACUGUAAUGCGGUUGUCCAGGAAUAUAUCAAAGACCCUUUAUUGAUAGGUGGCUACAAAUUUGACCUGCGGGUGUAUGUUGCAGUAUGCAGCUUCCAUCCACUCCAGAUCUACGUGCAUGAGGAAGGUUUGGUGCGUUUUGGUACGGAGAAGUACGACCUGGACCGGCCAGACAAUGUGUUUGCUCAUUUGACAAAUACCAGCAUUAACAAAUUCAGCCCUGGGUACACAGCAGACAAAGACCAGGUGGGGCAUGGUUGUAAGUGGACCAUCUCCCAGCUGCGUCGCUACUUCUCUCAGAACAACGUUUGCGACACUCUUCUGUGGCAGCGGAUAGCAAACAUCAUCACACUGACCAUGCUAAUGCAGGCUCCAACUGCUCCAAGGGUGAGUAACUGCUUUGAGCUGUACGGGUUCGACGUCCUCAUAGACAACAGCAUGAAGCCGUGGCUGCUGGAGGUGAACUUUAGCCCAUCGCUGAGCUCCGACUGUCACGCUGACGUCAUUUCCAAGAAGGCAAUGCUUCAUGACCUGUUGGAUCUCAUCUCCUGCCCCGAGUCUGGUCUGGGUCACGUUCCUGAGAUAUACAGCACGUCCCGGCGAGGAAGGAGAGGAGCUACCUACAGCGAACCAGGGAUGUCCAGCCGCAGUAGAAGCAGUCAAAUCUCUUCCGGUUCAACUGUCAUUUCAGCCCAUUCGGAAAAAUCAUUAAUUCACAGACGGGGUAAGAAACCGAGUUUUGCUCCAAAUCGAGCUCUGCCUGUGAGACACGCCCCCAUCAACAGAUACAGAUCGAGCAAACCUUUGGAAAACCUGGCAAGUAAAAAAAAUCCCCAAGAUCUGACGAACAGUAUGGAGUCUUUGAACAACUUCUUUCAUCGGGAUAGCCCUUUGUUCCGAGAUCGGAUGCAUACGUACGGGGGCAGGCAGGAAAUGCCCACGCCAGGGCAACGGGAUGAUAAUGGUGGGAGUUUGACGGUACGAACCGAUGCGGGCUUGUUGCAGGUGGAGUCGAAAGCAUCACUUCUGUCAGACAGUGGCUUAUCGAGUCUGUCCAGUGUGGUGGAUGGUAACAACAAUGUCAGUGGGCCAAAUGAUAGCGGCACACGGCCUGUGGCUCCCUCAAAGAGUGACAGCAGCCACCAACACCAACACAGUCAAAACUCGCUUUCUAACGGAAGCAGAUGUGACACGCCCAUGCCGUUGACUCAAGAUGGUUCGAGACAGUCACAGAUAUUUACGGACUCGAGCUUUAGUUUAGGUGGUGAUACCCCGAGGCAGCUAAGGCUGCAAACCGGUAACAGUCCUAUUUGUAGAGGUGAGAAUUCUUUAGGGAAGUUAUAUUCAAGUAAACUGAUGUCACUCCGUCCUGUUACGCCCUUGUUAAAAAGACCGGUCCACAGUUCCCCUGAUUGCAAACGUUUGCCUGUAGAGGAAUAUCAAGGAAUGAAUUACAGCACUCAGCAGGUGGACAGCCAGGAGAAACAACUCCAAGCUGAUAAGCUGUCCAGUACAUAUGCAUUCCGGUCGAGCCUGCAGCGGAACAGGGAGAUGAGAGAGCUGCUUCCUCCCUCGGUGAAGAAUCCAGGAAAAAAUGGGAAACCACCUUUAACCCGAAUAGCGAGGAAAAAAGUUGGGAACUUUUAUUUGGUGUUCCCGUUUAACGAGCACACUCAGCAAAUAGCUCAUGGGAAACUCGAUCCAAAACAGAUCAUUAAAGAGCUACAGAAGCAGCAAAGGGCAACUGAGAAUGCACAGAGGGAGUCUGAGUCUUCUUCCACAAACGAACCCUGGGGAGUGAGAAUAUGGGCCCCUCUCCGCACCAGUGAAGGAGAAUAGAGAGAGAGAAUGACCACUAUCCAGUCUUGUACACUUGUCUCAAAAGCUUUAGACGCCCAA